CGAUGAUAAAAGCCGGUGUGAGGCGGCAGUCGAGUUGACAGUCCGUACAGACCCGGUCCGGCGGUGGUUAUGAGGGCUCUGAGUGUCACCGGCGCCGCCUUGCUGCUGGCGACGCUGCGGCUUCCCGAAGGUUUGGUAUUUGCGCACAAUGCAACAUGCGUUUGGUAUGGAGAAUGCGGGACAGACAAAGCUACCCAGAAGAGGUACAACUGUAAAUAUGACGGCCCACCAAAACCACUGCCUAAGGAAGGGUAUGAAAUAAUUCAAGAAUUGUGUCCAAAUUAUCUCUACGGGAAUGUUAACCUCUGCUGUGAUGUUCAACAACUGCACACACUUAAAGAUAAUAUGCAGCUGCCUCUUCAGUUCUUGUCCAGGUGCCCCUCUUGUUUCCACAACUUCAUGACCUUCUACUGUGAACUAACUUGCAGUCCUGUUCAGAGCCUGUUUGUCACUGCCACUAAGUUUGAACCAUACAUUCAGAAUCAAACCAGCAUCACAGAGGUGAAAUAUUACAUUGGAUCACACUUUGCAAAUGCCAUGUACAAUGCCUGCAAAGAUGUCCAGUCUCCUUCAAGUAAUGAAAAAGCUCUGGGGCUACUUUGUGGCAAAGAUGCAAAGGACUGUAAUGCAACCAACUGGAUUCAGUACAUGUGCACCAUAAAGAAUGCUCAGACUCCCUUCAACAUCAUUCCCAUUUUUGGUGAUCAUCCUGUUGGUGAAAUGAUCCCCAUGAACAAUAAAACCAGAGGCUGCAAUGAGAGUCUGGAUGAUGGUUCACCACCAUGUAGCUGUCAAGAUUGUUCACUGGUUUGUGGCCCAAAGCCAGUGCCACCGCCUCUACCUGUGCCAUGGACAAUUCUUGGCCUAGAUGCUAUGGCUGUCAUAAUGUGGAUCACCUAUCUGAUCUUCCUGCUCUCCUUUAGUGGAGUCCUCAUUGGGAUGUGGUUUUGCAGGAAGCAACAUAUUGUUUCUGAAUAUGCACCAAUUAUUGACACCAGCUCAAAUCAUUCCGUCAACAUCAAACAUGAUCUUGAUAAGAUGUCCUGCUGUGAACAGCUUGGUGCGAAAUCAGAGGCUCUCCUGCGUGACAUAUUCUCCCAGUGGGGGGCUUUCUGUGUGAGGAAUCCUGCUCCUGUUAUCAUCUUGACUGUCAUUGCCAUAGGAGUCUGUUCUUCAGGCUUGGUAUUCAUGAGGGUAACCACUGAUCCAGUUGAAAUCUGGUCUGCUCCUUCCAGCCAAGCUCGCAAAGAGAAAUAUUACUUUGACACUCACUUUGGACCUUUCUUUCGGACUGAACAACUGAUUAUUACAGCACCAAACAGCUCUUGGACUACAUACUCUCCUUACCCAUCAGGGUCAAAUGUACCUUUUGGCCCACCAUUGAGCAAGGAUAUAUUACACCAGGUGCUAGAUUUGCAGGAUGCGAUCCAGGAUUUAGAAGCCUAUUACAAGAAUGAAACUGUGAGGCUACAGGACAUCUGCUUGGCCCCUCUGGCUCCGCAUAACAACAACUGCACCAUACUGAGUGUCUUGAACUACUUCCAGAACAGUCACACUGUCCUUGAUCAUUCUAUUGGUGACGAUUGGUUUGUGUAUGCUGACUACCACAGUCACUUCCUGUACUGCACUAGGGCUCCAGCUUCACUUAACGACACAACUAUGCUUCACGACCCCUGUUUGGGAACAUUUGGUGGACCGGUUUUCCCGUGGUUGGUUGUAGGAGGAUACAAUGAUGAAGAUUAUAACAAUGCAACAGCCCUGGUGAUCACCUUCCCUGUAAAUAAUUAUCACAAUGACACUGAGAAACUAAACAAAGUCUUGGCUUGGGAGAAAGUAUUUGUUGAUUUUCUGAAAAGUUAUAAUGAUUCCAACCUGAGCAUUUCAUUCUCUUCUGAACGGAGUAUUGAAGAUGAAAUAAAUCGCGAGAGUAACAGUGAUGUCAAAACGAUACUCAUCAGCUACAUCAUAAUGUUCCUCUACAUCUCCAUUGCCUUGGGGCACGUAAGGAGCUGUGUGAAUUGCCUGGUGGACUCCAAGAUUUCUCUGGGAAUUGCUGGCAUUGUGAUUGUCCUGAGCUCGGUGGCCUGCUCCCUAGGGAUCUUUAGUUAUGCUGGGAUCCCCCUCACGCUGAUCGUGAUUGAAGUAAUCCCCUUCUUGGUGUUGGCAGUCGGCGUGGACAACAUCUUCAUCAUUGUUCAGGCAUUUAGGAGAGACAAGCAGUUGCUCAAUGAGUCACUUGACCAACAGAUUGGCAGAGUUCUGGGUGAGGUGGCACCCAGUAUAUUCCUGUCAUCCUUCUCUGAGACUGUGGCAUUCUUCCUGGGUUCCUUGUCCACGAUGCCGGCAGUCCGCACCUUCUCCCUUUUUGCAGGAAUGGCUGUGUUUAUAGACUUCCUACUCCAGAUAUCCUGCUUUGUAAGUCUCUUUGGGCUGGAUAUCCGGCGACAAGAGAGUAAUCGGAUGGAUAUAGUGUGCUGUGUGAAACAAGAGGCGGUUCAUACAGACUCUUCUGAAGAACUUCUCUUCAGAUGCUUCAAGUACAUCUAUGCUCCGUUUUUAUUAACGAACUGGGUGCGACCCAUUGUAAUAUCUGUAUUUAUUGCUGUCCUGUCAUUCAGCAUUGCUGUGGUAAACAAAGUUGAGAUUGGGUUGAACCAGAGUUAUUCGAUGCCUGAUGACUCGUAUCUCCUGGAUUACUUUGCCUCGAUGAACAAGUACUUCCACGCAGGUCCCCCUGUCUACUUUGUGAUUGAGGAGGGACAUAAUUAUACCUCCUUUGAAGGGCAGAACUCGGUGUGCGGUGGUGUCGGCUGUAACAAUGACUCCCUUGUCCAACAAGUCUACAAUGCUGCAUUGCUGAGCAACUACACAAAAAUUGGUUUCCCACCAUCUUCGUGGAUCGACGAUUACUUCGACUGGGUGAAGCCGCAGUCGACAUGCUGCAGAGUCUACAAUAACACGGAGAACUUCUGCAAUGCAACAGUUCGUGAUCCAGAGUGUGUUCGCUGCCGUCCACUGACUCAAGAGGGGAAACAGAGACCGUACGGUGAAGACUUCAUGAUGUUUCUUCCCAUGUUUCUGUCUGACAAUCCCAAUCCAAAAUGUGGCAAAGGUGGGCACGCAGCGUAUGGAUCUGCUGUGAAGCUGAUUCGUAACAACACCGGUGUGGGUGCCACUUACUUUAUGACGUAUCACACUGUACUAAAAACAUCUGCUGACUUCAUUGCUGCUGCAAAGGAAGCUCGCAUCAUUGGGCAAAACAUAACCAAAUCCAUGGGGAUUUCGGAGAAAGGCUAUCGAGUCUUCCCAUACAGUGUGUUCUAUGUAUUUUAUGAACAGUAUUUCACAAUUGUGUACGACACAAUUUUCAACCUCUGCAUGUCGCUGGGAGCAGUUUUUGUAGUGACCACAGUCCUGCUGGGCUAUGAGCUCUGGUCUGCACUGAUGGUGUGCAUCACCAUAUCCAUGAUAAUUACCAACAUGUUUGGAGUUAUGUGGUUGUGGGACAUCAGCCUGAACGCAGUCUCGCUUGUAAAUUUGGUCAUGUGUUGUGGUAUUUCAGUGGAGUUCUGCAGCCACAUAGUUCGAGCAUUUUCUGUCAGUACAAAGAAAACCAGAGUGGACCGUGCAGAGGAAGCCCUGGCACAUAUGGGCAGCUCAGUAUACAGUGGCAUCACACUGACCAAGUUUGGUGGGAUUGUGGUCCUGGCUUUUGCUAAAUCCCAGAUUUUCCAGGUCUUCUACUUCAGGAUGUAUUUGGCAAUUGUUGUCUUGGGAGCAGCUCAUGGCCUUGUAUUCCUUCCAGUGUUGCUUAGUUAUAUCGGACCACCUGUAAACAAAGGAAAAAUUUCAGUUCUGCACGGUUACUACAAGGGUACAGAACGGGAGAGCCUGUUGAAAUAAACUUGACUCCGAGCACCAGCUUUUGAAUGAGGACCUUGCAGAUCCUGAUGGAUUCUGAACUCUGCAGUUUAAUGCAGAAUGUCUUGGUCUUCCAAACUCAGGAAAUUGGUUAGUUUGUUACUGCACAGACAACUAUUUAUUAAUUCAAGUUCCAGUAGUUCCCAGUUUUGCUGGUUGGUAAUCUUUAUAUAAAAAAAACAUGUAAAUCUGGCAUUCAGUGAAAUUUCCUCCAGUUGACAAGUUGUGAAAUGAAUGACACUGGUGAAUGGCACUAAUGAAUUUUAAUACAUGCCAAAUUGUAUAGCUAAUUUUUAUGGUCUUUUUAUUUAAUAAAGUCAAACAUUCAGUAGUA